GCCAGGGACAGAAAAGUAUUCCUUUUUCGCCACACUCAGCUACAUGAACGACGUAUCGUCCGUAAUGUUAGUUCUCCGUGUCAUCGAGUCUAGGCAGUCGCGCCCAUAUGGUGAGAAGGUCGUCAGCAAUACCCGUGGGUCAUAGGAACCGUCUUCUAGUGCCAUUCGUCCUCAUUUCGCAUUACCGUCAAGGCCCUGUAGAAUCGGGGAUGAGACUUCAUCAGAAACGAGGCUGCCAGUCAGUCAACGUCAAUACGGGGCCAAUCGAUACAUUGCUAUAUGGAACUAAGUAGAGAUCCCUUGGAUUCGUCUACAUAUCUAUCUAUAUCUUUAUUAUAAUGCACUGGGAUGCGACAAA